AUGCCUGGAAUUCUCCCGAUGAAAGUGAUCAAGGUCGGGAACGGCUCGCAGAGUCGUAUCGCCCAGGCCUGUGAUCGUUGCAGAAGCAAGAAGAUCCGUUGCGACGGCGUCCGUCCCUGUUGUACACAAUGCGCCAAUGUCGGCUUCGAAUGCAAAACCAGCGACAAGCUCAGUCGCCGUGCUUUCCCCCGUGGAUAUACCGAGUCGCUGGAGGAAAGAGUGCGCGCCCUGGAGUCCGAAGUUAGGGAUCUCAAGAACUUGCUGGACGAAAAGGAUGAAAAGAUAGAUGUGCUCUCUCGCAUUCAUUCUUUCUCCCCUUCCUCGCGUCAGAGACCUAGUGUUGCAGCGCCGUCGCCAUCUGCGCCUGCAAGGUCCAACGCCCCCGAUGUAGACGAGGGCGUAAUUCAAAUCCCACCAUCGUUGCCGCCUACCGAGUCGACCUCGGCUGAGAGUACAGGAAUAUCCAGUACUCGUGGCUUUGUUGAUAUCUUCACAAAUAGACUCAUAGAGCAAAACCGAUUACCAUCCAAUGUCGCGAUCAAGUCUUUGGCUACUCCCCCGGCCAUCUCCCAUUCCCGUGUCGACCAGGCUAUUCGCACGGCGCCUCGGCUCGUAUCCGAUCAGCUCAUCAACAUCUUCUUCCAAGAAUGGGCUCCUCUCUAUCCGGUUGUUCACCGACCCACUAUCCUCAAAGCUUAUGAGCAGUACCUUUCAGGCACCGAGUCUAUGCAGGGCAGCAAGCACGACUUGGCACAACUGAAUUUAAUCUUCGGAAUUGCCGCUCUUGCUUCAAUGUCGAGAACCAAUCAGGACCCCACCUUUUUCGAAGACAAUUGGUCUUCGAUCCUCGAAUCAAUCGCAAGUGACAUUUCUAUUACAACAAUGCAAUGCUACGUGCUCGCUCAAAUGUACUGCAUGACGAAGGGCGAUUACACAAGCCUCCUACGCUAUCGGGGUCUUGCUGUCAGUCUGAGCCAACAGCUUAGACUCCACCAGAGCCAGAAACGCUUCUCGUCGAAUGCGCUUGUGGCCGAAACCCGAAAGAAGGUGUUCUGGUGCCAAUAUACUCUCGAUCGAUUUACCGCCGCUUUGACGGGAUUGCCUGUCCUGCUGCGUGAAGAGGAUAUCAAGACUGAGUAUCCUGAAGAUAUCGACGAUGAAAAUGUUACGGAAACGGGCUUCUUGCCCACUCUUCCUGGCGAGUCUACCCGGAUCUCGAGUGCGAUCGCGCUAUUCGCCGGUUCGCGGGUGUUGAACAAGGUUUUGGAGGAAAUCUAUCCCUCUGACGGAGGGUAUGAUAUUUCUCUGUCGAAGCUACGCUCGGCUGCAGAGCAAUUGGAUGAGUGGGUGAAGGGCUUGCCUGCUCACCUCCGCCUUGAGUUCUCUCAAGACAAGCCUAGCACCAAUGUUACCAGUAGCCGGUCGCCACUUCUGUCCCUCGUCUAUUACUUCAUUCGUUCAUUGAUCCACCGCCCUGCGGUCUGCUUCGGCGAGGAGCACGUCCGAUCGCCUUCUAUCCUUACAGUUUCCGACUCAGCAAAGCAUAUUGUCCAGAUUCUUCAAUUGCUCGAUGAGAGACGUCUCUGCCUCUCUGUGAGUAUCAAUCGGAAGGAGCUGGUUUUCGCCACAGGACUGGGCCUCCUUUGGCAAAGCAUCGGUCUGAAGCGUGACAGCAAACUCGUCAAGGAGAGCCAAAAGUUGCUCACCGCAGUCAUCGAUCAACUAGAGUCUGAGUCGUCAUCCUCUGCCGCGGAAUUCAGCGCUUUGGCCAGUGUUUUUGUUUCCUUGAAUAAUAAGCACGUGGCGAUUGGUAAACCGCAGGACAUGUCGCCGCCCUUGCAGAGACCUCUGAAGUCCCCGAAGAAGCAGCUGCAGUCGUGGAAAUCGCGCUUGAGUGGAAUGACCGGCUCAAGCCACCACGAAACGCCAGAUUCGCCAUCUCGGAGGGCCACUAUUUGCGGAGCGAGUCCUAAUGCCGCUCAACGCCACAUCAGGUCUUCCAGCUGGGCUAGCUUGCCACCGGACAACUUCCACGCGCUAGAUGUGUCUACGAACAAGACAGUCUAUCCUUCGUCUUCCGGCUCGUACGAUAGCAGUCAUGUGCUUUCGAGCUCCGCACCCUCGGAUCACCCGGGCGGACCGAUCACGGUAUCCGACUGGGAAGUAGUCCUGAGUGACAUGGACCGCGGCUAUUCGAACAUCUUCACCGGGAUCUACGGAGGAAGGGAGUGUGGUGAGGACAGCGGUCCCUUCGCUUCCCUCACUGCCGAGUUCGCCCACAAGGGGGAUCCCAUGGUAGCACCGUUAUCAGCGCCACAAGCCGAGCUGCAAGGGUUGUCUCCCGAGGCAUGGUCAGCAAGUAGCAAUAGCGACGUGCCAGCCAAUCAGGACCUCCCGGCACAGAGUGUCCUCAGCUACUCUGAUGAAGGCAGUGCGGAAGACGGAGUGCCAUACAACGACAUGCGGCUGUCGCCGGAAGAGCAGGCCAAUUUCUUGGGUUCGUUCCGGAAUGUCAUGAUCCCAGCGGUGGAAGACGAAGUGGACGAAUUUGGGCUGAUUAACGGCUGGGAUCGACGACUGGCUGUCUGA